AUGUCAACUAAUCAUUAUUGUGUAGUUGAAAAGAGAUUGAUUAGAAUCACAACUAAAAAGAAGAAAGUAGCGGUAGUAGCAUCAACUACAACUACUGUGACUUCUCCACCACCUCUCAAGAAUACAAAGGUUUCAAUUACAUCAUCACCAUCUUCAUUGCAACAACAAGUACAACCAGUACAACAAGUACAAGUACAACAACAACAAGAUCAUGAAGAAGUUGAUAUUAUGGAGAUUGGUAUUAAAUUGGGAGGACAAGAUACGAUGGUUGAAUUUGAAGGUGGUGUAGAGAAAUCACGUCUUGAACUAUUAAAGAAUUAUAUGGUAGAGACCGAACAACAACAACCAUUUGUAUAUGAAAGUGCAGUCUUUGAAAAGGGAGAGGUUGUAGACUUGAAAAAGAAUUGUGGUACUACAAACUCUAGCUCUAGCUCUAUUGAUUAUACUGCAUUGUUGACUGUAAAUAGAGUGGUCUGUGACUUUGACAAUCAAAUACAUAAUGUCAUGGUAUUAGAGUCUGCCAAUAGAACAAUCAAGUUGUUGCUACUAGACAUGUCGACACGAUCAAUGGAAGAAAAGGGUGAUAUUGUUGCAAAGCCAUUCCCAGGUGGCAACAAAUCAAUGUUGUUGACAUCUUCAUCCUCCACUCUGAAAUUCAAGUAUACCCUCAUUACGGGACCCACCGUCGUCGGUUAUGUCACAUCGUCUCCACAACCUUCACAAGUUCUCACACUCUCAUACCCAUCAUCCAACCCUGUCAAACAUCAAUUAGACAGUAAUAUAAUCAGAGUGUGUUGUUGGAGUGAUCCAACUGCCCCUUGUUUUACAGAGAUUGAUUUAACUGAAUCAAUUAAUCAACUUAGACAAGAAAGUAGAGACUUUCAAAAAGAUCAAAAGGAUGAAGAAAUGGAAAAAGAACAAGAUUAUAAGUUAUAUGUAUUAAAUAUAAUUGGACAAGACAAGAAUGGAAUUGUCAAACCAAUCAUCAUUCUAUUAGAUGUAAACAUCCAUACUUUAAAACAAAUAAUCUAUUCAAUCGAGUUGGAUACAACUAUCUCUGUCAAGAAACAAUUGGUCAUUAUUAAUGAUCAUGCAGUUGCUGCUGUAAAACCAAUACUAUUAUUUAAUCAUUUGGAAACUUAUUAUAGUGGUCAAGACAACAAUGAUACACAAUCAAAUCUAUAUUUUGUGGCAACUGAUAGUCAGGUAUCAGUGUACACAAACAAAGAUAACAACUCUUUAAUGGAGAUGGUUUGGUCAUUACCUUUAUCAAUGGUACCUAAUCUAGUUUCAUUUGUAAAUACAUCAUUUACUUCAUUUAUUGGUGACGAUAAUGAUUCUGAUGAUGAGGACUAUGAUGAUGAUGAAUGGAGUAAAGGAUGUGUUAUUAUAGUAUCAAAACAUAAUUUGAGGGUGUACAGUAUUGGGUCGAAAAAGUUGAUGGCCGAAGCAACAGGAUUCACAGAUCUAUUUAUUGAUGAUUUUAUUGGUACUGGAAGAGAACAAGUGUUGCUCAGAAUGAUUGUCAAAGCUCAGAAACAAUAUACUAUGUUGGCAAUCAUACCACUGCACAAACAUAGAUCAGUUACUAUCCCAAGUAGCAACGGCGGUACAGACAACAAUACAUCACUGUCAAGUGGAUCUAAACAACCAGUUUCAAUAGAAUUGGUCACCGAAUCUUUAAAGACUCGUUGUGAGCAAGCCAAGGAUGAACUUAAAGAUCAACAAGCAAUUCUAGCAAACAAACAACAACUAUUAAAUCAUUCUAUCAAAGUAUUGGAUUCAUUAGGUACCAAUGGUUACUACAAUCAACAAAGAUCAGCACAACUUAAAAAUGAACCAAUUUGGAAUAACUCUAAUUUAAAAAGUUUAUUAAAUCCUAAUAAUAAUAUAAAUAUUCAACAAAGACAACAACAAAAAGAAGAAGAACAAGAACAAAAUUCACCAAUAUUAGAAUCAUAUGAUUUAUGGUUUAAAAAUAAUAUUAUUUAUUGUUUGUGGAAUUUAAAAUGUCCAACAACAACAAUAACCUCUAAUAUUAUUAUAGAAUCACUUUUUAUAAUAUUGAAAUCCAAUCAAACACCGUUACAAUGUAGAUGGAUUUCAUUGCACGAUGGAAAUAGUGAUAGUAGUUUUGAUGAGAAUCAUCAAUGUAGAAUUUACAUGGAAAUUCAAUUGCAGCAGAGUCAACUACAAUCAUUACUUUUACAAAAACAACAACAACAAUUUAUUGAUGUUGGUAUUCAAUGGAGAAAACAUAUUAGUGGUACCUUGAUUGAUCAAUCAGAUAGUAGUAGUGUCAUUUCAUUUAUUUCAAAUUCACUUCCAAUCAAUCAUAUUUUAAAUAAUACUUUUAAAUCUCAUCAAAUUGAAUCACCUAUUUUAUAUCCAAUUGAAUUUGAAUUUAUAAUAUUAUCAAUGGAAAAGGAUACAAAUAUGAUUAAAACAUUUUAUCAAAAUACUAUACCAAAAUUAAUUAAAGAUUCAUUUAGUCAAUUUAAAGAAAUUAAUAAUCUGUCAUAUGAAUUUAAUAAUAUUGAAGGAUAUUUACCAUUUAAAUUAGAAUUUAUUGAUAAUAAUAAUAGUGGUUUUGGAUUAAUGAAAAUAUCAUCAUUUCAAACAUCGGUGAUUCAAAAUGUAAUUGGAUUGAUUUCAAAUGCAUUAAAAGAUCAACAACCAUCAUCAUCAUCAUUUAAAAUCAUAUUGUCAUUUGGUAAUCGUUGGUAUAAAAAUUUAAUCAAACAGUUGGAACAAUCAAUACGACAGGAAAUCCAACUAAUGGAAGUCCAAGGCUGCCCACUCGACAGCAAAAAGGUAUUUAACAAACAAGGUCAAAAGGAUUUAAUUUUACAACUCUAUGAAUUGAAUCUUUCACUCUCUCGAUCUGUAACCAUCACUGAAGGAUGUAUACAUUUAUUAUCGAGACUCUAUCAUCAUUGGUCUGGAAUUCAAUCAAUUUAA